AGGUACCCAAGUUACCUGUUGUUGAACCAUCCUCUCAUCUUCAGAAGGAUGCUUUUAAAGGGUGAUCACGUUAUCUAGCAAGACCGCUGGACAUGGUCACGGUCCGUUAACUACUCUUUCUUGCCGUUAAGAGGAAUUAGAAAGCCCAUUAAACCCUUCAUGUUGAUCAUUUACCAAUAACCGAACCUUGGUAUGAGGACAUUACCUAUACGUCCUAUAAUGCACGGGUGGCUAUGGCUGGUGUUGCUAGGAGCCAGUUGGGCAGUAGGUGCAAGCGCAGACGGAACGCAACCAGAGAACACAUCUGCUUCUGGGCGCGGUUUGCUUCAAUCUGCGGAAAAGCAAGUAAUGUCGCCAGAUGUGCCAUUGCAAGGUGUCUGCAGUGCGGACAUCAUGCAGCACUGCAAGCACAUCUUUAUCAAGAACGCGGCCAAUGCAAAGCACGCCAACAAAGGCAAAGGUGGCGACCAUGGGCAUAUUAGCAGCGCAGCUAAGCAAGCCGAUGCUGGGACGGGAUCGGACGCCCAGGGUUCGGCAGUAGCUGCCUCACAAGGGACCUCAGCGGCGACCCAACCUGCGACAUCUACAGCAGCAGGAGCCGCCAGUGCACGCGCUGCCUCCCCCAGCAACAGCAGCGCUCGCAGUACUCAGCAGCAAUCACCUCAGCCCGCUGGCACCGCUGCUGCUGCCACAGGGACGCCAGCCCCCGCUGUGACGACACCUGCAGCUGCGGCCGGCAGCAGCAGCAACGCCAACACCACCACCGCCCGGAAUGCAACCACCACCGCUGCUCCUGCUGCAGCUGCCACUUCUGGCGCCGCCAACGGCACCGCGGCCAGCGGGUCCACGUCCACCGCCGCACCCACUGAUGUGACGUCAUCAGUUAAGACGCAAACGGCACCGGCAGCAGCAGGAGGUGGCAACAGCUCCGACAGCAGCGGCGCUGUGUCCCCCACCACCAACGCCACGUCAUCCUCCACACAGACCCCCGCAGCCUCCAGAGCAGCUGCCAGCAACACCACCACCGCUGCGCUGCCUGUGACCACCACCGCAGCCCCCGCCAACACCACAUCGGAGGGCACAUCCGCUACCUCCGGCACCAACACCACCAGCACCAGCACCACCGCCAGCAACGCCGCAGCAGCCCUAGCAGCCGCAGCGGUAGCGGCCGGCAGCGCCCGCCACCUGCUGGCAGAGGCGGCCGGCGCUGCUGCUGCGGGUACCGACGUUGCAGGCACAAGUGCGAAUGCUAGCGUGGUUUCCCUGAGUGACCCCCUCAGCAUGUCGCUGCAGCUGCUGGGGCUGCAGAGCUCCUGGUCGGCGCAGGACAUGGUGACCCGCGGGUCGGCACCUAUUGCAAGGUGUCUGCGCGGCGUCAUGCACGCCAGCGAGAUGUCCAUCAGCCCCGACAUACCCGAUGUGACGGAGGAGUGCAAGCAGGAGGUUCGCUCCGUGCUGGUGAGCCGUGCUAGCGAUGUGCGCCUCGACCCGCCUCUGCUGGCCACCUGUGCGUACGACAUCGCCCACCGCUGCGCACCCAGGCUGGGCAGCGACACGGGAGCGGUGCUGGGCUGCCUCAAGGCCUCCAAGCCCCUCCUCCAGCCGCAGUGCCGCAUCGCCGUCACGCAGCGCCAGGCGGCCGCCGCGGAGGACCUCAGCCUGGAUCCCGACCUGCAGCGGGCCUGCGGGGCGGAGCGGCGCGCGCUGUGCGGGGCGGCGGGCUGGGGCGGGGGCGCGGCGCAGGCCUGCCUGCUGGGGCACCUGCGGGGCAGCCUGCCGCAGAUAUUUUCAGAAGUGAUAUUCCCGGAGCAUGAGGAUGGCGGGGAUGCGGGUGCGGUGGGGGGUGCUGGUGGUAAUGUGACGGCAGCGGCAGGAGCUGGGGGAGUGGAGUUGUCCGGGAAUUGCUCGGUGGCUCUGGUGCAGCGGCUGAUUGAGGAGGGCGAGGAUGUGCGGUUCAACUACAGGCUUUCCUCCUCCUGCGCCGCCUCCAAGCAGCUGCUGUGCCGCGACGUGCGGCCGGGAGGGGCGGCGGUGCUGAGGUGCCUGGAGGCGCACCUGGACAGCGACGACAUGCAGGAGGAGUGUCGGGAGGCGCUGCUAGAAGUACGGCAGGUGCGCUCCCUGGAUGUACGGCUGGACCACACGUUUGUGACGUCAUGUGGGUCGGACGUGCGCAGCCUGUGUGACCCGCGGGUCGGCGAGCAGCUGGGCAAGAGCCCCGCGGAGCUGCCGUUUGGCGUGUGGGAGCCGUUCGAGUGCCUGCGGGGGCAGCUGGAGCUGGUGCGGGAUGCCACGUGCAGGAGGCACUUGUACGAGAGCGUCGCAGCGGCGUACGACGAUAACCGUCUGGAUGCGGGCCUCAUGCGCGGCUGCCAUGGGGAGAUUGCCGUACUCUGCUCGCAGCACCCCGCGCGGGCGCUGGAGUGCCUGCAGGCCCAGAUCGACAAGUUCAGUCGGAGCGACUCACCGGCGAUGCUCAAGGGUAAGGUCUCCGACGGCUGCCUGCGGGUGGUGGUGGAGCGGCGGCGCCAGGCGGCCACCGACGUGGCCUUCCUGCCGCACCUGCGGGAGGCCUGCACGCGGGAGCAUGCCACCUUCUGCGCAACACCGGGCUUGGAGGGUAUCCGCGGUUUGGACUGCCUGGUGGACCACCGCGCCUCCCCCGGCUUCUCCGGCCGCUGCGGGGGGGCGCUGCGGGACUUCCUGGCGCGUGCGGCUGCGGACGUGCGCGGGCUGGCUGGGCUACAGCGGGACUGCGCGGGGGAGAUACACACGCUGUGCAAGGGCGUGCAGCCGGGCGAGGGGCGUGUGGUCGGCUGCCUGCGUGAGCAGCGCGGCAACAUCAGCUCGGAGGGGUGUCGGGGGCAGGUGGUGCGGCUGAUGGGCCUGAUUGCGGAGGACCACAGACUGGAUGUGGGGCUGGCGCAGGCCUGUGGCAGCGACAUCCAAAAGUACUGCGCGGGAGUGGAGGCGGGCGAUGGACAGGUUCACGCCUGCCUGCGCCGCUCCUGGGACCACCUGGCCCCCGGCUGCCGGGAGGCGGAGGAGCGGGUGGAGCAGCUGGAGCACGAGGACGUGAGGCUCAACCCCGCACUCAUGAGGGAGUGUCCGGUCGCCAUCAGCAGCUUCUGCUCCGACGUGCCCCCGGGCGCCUCCCGCGUCAUCUCCUGCCUGCAGUCGCACAUGGGGCGGGGGCACUUCCCGCCCGCAUGCCGGGUGGCGCUGGCGGCGCUGACGGACCGGGCGGCCACCAAGUACUCGCUGAACUACCGGCUGAGGCAGCAGUGCGAGCAGGACGUGCAGCAGCUGUGCGCGGAUGCGGUGGACGAGGCGGGCGCCUCCGCCGCCUCACUCCGCGGCACCGGGGGGGCGGCCAGUGAGGAGACGGCGCUGGCGUGUCUAGCGCGGCAGGCGGGGCAGCUGGCGCCGGGGUGCAAGGCGGAGCUGCAGACCCUUGUGAAGCUCUCCCUGAGCCGCUACCGCAUCGGCAUGCCGCUGACCAGCCAGUGCGAUGGGGACGUCAUGGCGCGAUGCCAGGUGGACAAGAUCGCCGCCCCCUUCCUGGAGUCCGGAUACGUGUUGAGCUGCCUGGCUCGCCACGCGGCGCAGCUGCACAAGCCGUGCUGGGAGCUGGUAGCCAGCAUGGAUGACAGCCAAUUCAAGCGCGCUGCCGCCGCGGAGACCACCGCUGUCACACUGCAGUCGUUACCAGGACGUGGAGGCAGCAUCAGCAGCAGCAGCGGUGGUGGUGGUGGUGGUGGUGGUGGUGGGGGUGUGCUUGAUGAGGCCACCCUGCAGCGGCUAGUGGGGGACGUGCGGCGGGAGCUGGAGCCGCGGCUGUACACCAACAUGGAGAAACAGGUUGCCCAGGUGCACGUGGUGGCACGCAACGUGUCCGGUGAGCUGCUUCACUCGCUGGCUCCCCGGGUGAGUGCACUGCUGCAUGCCACCAUGUCGCUGCUGGUGCUGCUGGCGGUGGGGCUGGCGG